AUGGCGACAUCCGCGGACGCCGCGCGAUCAGGCUUUCGCCCGGAGCAACCGAAACCUUCACCUCCUCGCGCUGCCGGACAGCAAGACAGAGCAUCGCCGCCAGCCCGCACCCCGCUGAAAACACACCUCCAACGCGGCAGCAGCGCCACCGCCGCAAAGGAGCCACCGUCGAGAUCCCGGAAGAGCCGCCCAGCACUGCAGGUGCCCCGGCCCGAGCAGAAACAGGACCACGGGCGGACGAUACACCGCGCGCGCAGGGCAGAGACCCACGGCCCGGACGCCGCCGACGCGACCUGCCUCCCCACCAGCCUUCCAGGCGGCCACCCCGCCACCGGGAGAGCGCAGCCGCACCUCCAGCCCAGGCCGGCCCGCACCAGGCCCUCGCGGCCCGCGCAUCGGCGCCGCGGCCGCAGCCGGCCGGCGCCCCGAGCCCGCGCCGACGCCUCCAGGACCUCCGCCCGUCCGCCGCACCCUCGCCCCACCGGGCCCGCGCCGAGCACCCGCCGACGGGUCGCCGUGCCGCCCCAUGCGACCCCCACGACCGCCGCCUCAACGCGCGCAGGAGAGGUGUCGGGGGCGCCCGCCAAGCCAUCCGCCUUCGGCGGCCAGGCGCCGCCACCGCCGCCGGCGCCGGCGGCAGCAGCGGCCAGGGGUGGCCGGGAUCUGGGGCGGCUCUGCUAG